CUUCGUUGCAUGCAGAUGCUUGUUCUUGUGAUGAUGAGAUUGGGAUGAGCAGAUUCAGAAUUUGCCAACAUUUCAGAUUCUUGGUUGAAGAUGAUCUUCAGGUUUAUGGUAGGGGACAAUUUGUCUUUUGUCUGGUUCUUUGAACUGCCAUGGCUUUUCUAAGGCCACGACAAUUCCAGCAUAGGAGCUUCAUGGCGAACCAGGAAGGUUUGGAGAAGCAGUUUCCUUAGCAUUUUCCUGUUCAAAUUCUUCACACAAAAGCUAGACGUUCUUCUGGAUAUGUUCAAGAGAAAAAAUUGACAUUGCCUUUUGCGGUAGAGAGGAUUCAGCAAUUUAUCAUUAGCAAAGAUGGUAGUGUUAGAAGCAGAUGGAACUGAACAAAGAAUGUGAACUCAGAGAAAAGACAAGAAGGGUGCAACAUUUUUGGGGAAAGGGAAGGGAAAGUUGUAGUCUAUAGGUGGAAAGCUCAAAAGCCCCCGAAUUAGUUCUCAAGUAGUGGUUGUGGUGGUGUGACAAUGGAGGAUGACCAUCAAUGGGAUGGUUCAAAGAAUUUGGAUCAAGCCUUAACCUCAAAUCUCCCUUACCCACAUCCAUCGAAACUCCAGCAAACCCAGCUGCGAGAAUGUUCAAUGGUGGUUAUCAGAGACAUUCAGCAUCACAAUGAAUGCUCUGUCUUCCCUCCAGUUAACCACGAAAACUUGCACAUUUCUUCUCUAUCUCAUCAGUGUGACAACAUAUCGACAUUACCUUUGCCGUCCUCAACUAUUUCCUCUUCCUUUUCUGGUUUGGACUCUUCAUUUUCACCCUCUGAUACCGACACUUGGGGCAUAUCAUUACCAUUACCGUCUAAUUCAUUGGUAGAGAAAAUUGAUGGGUAUACUGGGUGGGUGAGAAUAAGCUUGAAGACCUUAGUUGGGAAGCUUUUUGCUAUGGUUAGUUCGUAUCGAAAUAAUGCUGCCAACAAAAGUGUGAUUUGGUCAAUUGGGCCAGCGGUUUCUGUUGUGAUAUUUUCGUGGUGGAUGUGCAUACGAGUUUGGUGUUGGCUGAAGGAAAGGAAGAGGAGGCGAGAGCAAUAUGGAAAUCACCUAAGGACCAUCAUUAAAGAGAAAGAUGAGAGAAUCGCUCAACUCUUGGACCGAAUUGUGCAAAUGAAUGAAAUACUUGUAGCUCGUCACAAAGCUUUGGGAGCCAAAUUGGCAGAAUGAUUUGCUAAUGGUGCGGAAUGCGGUACCUAUUGUGCCAGUCAGGUUUUAAUGUAACAUAAUUUCAUUUUGAUCACUCGCAGAGUCUUGCCAUAGCAGGGCGAUUGACCAGCAGAACAAGCACUAGAAUGCAGCAUCUCAAGAAGAAAACAAGAAACGCCUGAUGUAUUAACCGUCAUCUCUGGAUAUACCAUUAUGCCGUUACAAUGGUCAAUGGCUGUUUGUCCAUUAUCCAACUCUUAUGGCACAAAAUAAGUUACUAGUGCUUUCAUUUCUUCCCCUUUUUGGGUGAUGGAUUUGUACUUUCCUGUUUGUUUUUAGCCUUUUGCGCGUAGGGAUGGAAAAAUCACGUGCAGACGUUCAGGGCUAAAAAUUUCUUGUUUGGUUGUGCAGUUGGUUAACUUGUGAGUUUAACAUGGAGGGCUUUCAAAAGGCUCCUUAUGGUAGGUCUAUAUUGGACCUGCAUCUCUGAAAAAAUUACCUCUUCCUGCA